GCAAAUGCACGGUUGGCUCCACUCUGCCAGGACCAGGCUCCACUCUCUCCACCAAUCCGGAUUCCCAAUCCCUUCACCAACCGAGUCUCCCCCGCGCAUUCCUGCCUCCAUCCUUCCACCGACAACUGACCAACCUCGACACCGUAUGGCGGUUCCUACAACUCCAAUAUCAUGCCCCCGAAGAAGAAGCUUCGGACUGAACCGAUCGUGCGCGUGCGAACAGGCUGUUUUACCUGCCGUCGCCGCAAGAAGAAAUGCGACGAGUCCCGCCCCGCGUGCGGGGGAUGUGUGCGUAAUAAGUUGAUCUGCAACUGGCCGUCGCCGAGGAGGGAGAACCCGGAUGAGGAUGAUGCUGGAGAGGAUCUCCUCCCGCAUCUAUCUCCGUCGGCGAACCGGGACGCGUCGGUGUCGUCUUCUCCCCCCGAUUCUUCCUCCGCGGGAUUGACGACCAGUCCUGGCGAUGCUGUCGUCGAGGAGGAGAUCCUGGCUCCCCUGGUGCCUGUUGGAUGUACCCAUCCAUCACCAUCAUCCGACAGUAUGGAGCCAACAGGCUCAUGCUGGCCCACAUCCGUCAGCACCAUCCUCCCCCGCAGCCUAUCCAUGCUCCCCGGCUACAGCCCAGACAGCUUCGAGCUCCUCAGCCACUACCUAGCCACGACGGCCGACUGCAUGGCGAACGGCUCCACGCCCGUCAACCCCUUCCUAGUGCAGAUCGUCCCGCUAGCCUUCACCAGCGACCUACUCCUGCAGCUAGUCCUGACGCAGAGCGCCGCCCACCGGGCCUUCCGGCGCCAGCGCGACCACCACCAGCAACACCAGCCUGACGAUGCCGUCGCGCAAGGACACUACACGCGCGCGCUGCGUCUUUUCCGCCGCGGCGUCACGGACUUCCUCGACGGGAAGGAGACGAACCCGCUCAUGCUAACUGUCGGUGCGCUUGUUAUGUGUUUCACUGAGACGGCUAAGGGCGAUAUCACGGGGACUAUAUUUGACCACUUGUCCGCGGCUAACUCGCUGCUGAGUCGGUUGUUGUCGCUCAGUGAUGCUGCUGUUCCUGCUGAGCUGAAGGCUUUUGUGAUUGAAUAUUACACUUAUACUGCUGCGACCAGCAUGAUCUCCAUCGAUGCCCGGCUCAGCGCACAGCUCCUCCUCGACUUCGACCUCGAACAACGCGCCCGCCAACUCUCUGACAGGCAGUACGUCGGGAACCUCUGCGGCUGCUGGAUGGAGCUGCUCCUCCUCAUCCCCUGCAUCUUCGACCUCGGCCGGCAGUGGAUGCGCAACGAUGCCGAAAGCAAUAACAACAACACCAAUAGUAACAACAACAACCGCCCCCCCUCCGCCGACGACAUCGCCAUGUACGGCUCCCUCCAAGCCCAACUCACCCGCUGGACACCCUACCCCUCCGUCAGCCACGAAGUGAUGCUCGCAGGCCGCAUCUUCCAACAAGCAAUGCUCCUCUACCUCUACACAGCACUAACGCCAUUCUCGCGGCGCGAUGACAGCAGCCCCACAUCAACCGGACUGGUCGGCAUGCACCGCGCGCAGAUAGACGCCGCCGUGUUGGACGCACUGGCCUACCUUGCGCAGCUGGACGCCACCGCGCGCAUCAACUCCGGUCUCUGCUGGCCGAUCGUCGUCGUGGGGUCUUGUCUCGCUGACACCGCGCACCAGGACUCGCUGCGUCGGAGACUAGUCGCUAUGGUUGAGCGGUUCGGGCUCGGUAAUAUGCAGCGGACGCUGCUUCUCCUUGAGCAUAUGUGGCGGGUGCCGCCUGAUCAGGCCGGGCCGUGGAAUAUCUGCCGGGCUAUGGAACGAACGCAGAUCUGGAUCUCUUUUGCUUGAGUCAUUUCAUUGCAUUUGGGUCUAUAUACAGGUUCGUUAUUGUUAUUAUUACUAUCAUGUGAUGGGUGUCUAGCUGCCGAGGUUCUUGGGCGCUUCGGCGGCGGGCCC